UUGCAACCCCCUUGUUGCAGCGUACAUGUGUUAAUACGCUUCAACAACCAGUCGGUCAACGCGGGUCAAACCCUUUAAAGGGUUAUUGCAGCGUACAAUUUAAUUGUUCCCUGCAAAAAAGUUUGUUGCAGCGUACAUUUUAAAAGCCCGCUGCAAUAGCUCGUUUUUGUUGCAGCGUACUUGUUAAAGCCCCCUGCAAUAACCCGGGUAAAAAAAAAUUCGCUGCAAUAUUCGUUGAAACUAAUUCAAAACAAAUUAAGCAUCUCUCACUCUCAACUCCCUUCUUCUCCCUUAACUUUCCCUGCGUCAUCCCCUCAAAAAAAAACCCUUUCUCUUCGUCGGUGGUUCUAGCCUCCUCGCCAGAGGCCACCUAUUAGCUUGCUCGGCCGUUUUGAUUCUGCCUAUCAUUCUGCCUUUUGAUUUCGAUUCCAAUUUCACAACUAGGUUUUGGUAUUGUAGAUGUCGAGUUGCAAUUUCUAAUCAAUUGGAAUUGCGGAACUUGAUUUUGGUGGAUUCAUACAUUUAAUUUUUUUUGUUUGUUUGAGUCCUAUUCUUGAUGUGCGGAAAAGGAAGGCGGUUCGAUUGAGCAAAGAUGUCGACUCCAAACGUCGCCAAAUUAACAAUGGGCUGUCGUUCAUAGAGCUAAGAACUCAAAAUAUUCAGCUGAUGAGGAUAUGGAGGAGACAGAUGUUAAAGAUCCAAAUUUAAAGCAAUCUCUGGAGUCUGCUACUUCUCAGAUUAGCCAGCUAGCUCUUUCUAAUAGUCCUACUGGUAAAUCUUCACUGAAUUCUAUUGUGGGAUCAGAUACGGCCAAUGCAGGUGUAGAUAUUGACUUUUUGACUUUUUAUGUCUGUACAUUGAUGAUUUGGUUUCUUAGCAAGAGAGUAAUAUUAUUACCUCCAAAAUUUGGAGAUCUGAAGUUUGGGGUCUAUUUAAAAUCUGGUGGAUUUCUGAUUGGAAGAACUGUGGCUGUUUUGAUAACUAUGACGAUUGGGACCUCGAUGGCUGCUCGUCAAGGUCCUCUAGCUAUGGCUGCUCAUCAAAUCUGUAUGCAAGUGUGGUUGGCUGUCUCUCUUUUAACUGAUGGAUUGGCCGCAUCUGGUCAGGUCUACACUCCGAGGAAUGCGCCUAUACUAGUGAGGAAAUUGAUGUGGUUCGUGAGCAACGGGCUAAGUGUUUUACCCGCAAGUAUUUACUAUUGGCUUGAGCGCGCUUGAUCGAGGUGGUUUAGUUGUUAUAGAACAAUCGUUUCCAUUAAAAUGUAUGCGUACAUUGAAAUUGGAACGUAUAUUUGAAUGUAGUACGUGCACUUUGGUUUUGGGAUAUAUAUAUAUGUAUACAAAACACC